AUCCAUGCGACAGUUAUCAUUGCAGCUGUGGUAGUGACGGAGGGACCUAGUGCAGCGAUGUCAGGCUCUGUAAACGGAUUCACCAGUUAUUUGAGUACAGAUCCGCCGGAUAUUGAGAAUAUUCUAGGGCUGAAUCCAAGUAUCAAGCCCACUGCUAGCGUGACACCCAGUGCCCUAACCAAGCGUAACAAGGCACAUUGGAAGCGGAACGCCGACAGAAAAUGCAAUUCUUGCCCUACACUGGAGAGGAAUUUCGACGACAUCAAGCACACGACGCUUAGCGAAAGAGGGGCUUUGCGCGAGGCAUCGAGGUGCCUAAAGUGUGCCGACGCACCAUGUCAGAAAAGUUGUCCCACACAGCUCGACAUCAAGAGCUUCAUCACGUCCAUCGCAAACAAAAACUAUUAUGGAGCAGCGAAGAUGAUAUUCUCGGAUAACCCGUUGGGUCUUACAUGCGGCAUGGUAUGUCCAACUAGUGACCUCUGCGUCGGGGGCUGCAAUCUGUACGCUUCAGAAGAGGGACCCAUCAACAUUGGAGGACUGCAGCAGUUCGCAACAGAUGUGUUUAAACAAAUGAAAAUCCAGCAGAUAAGACCUCCUUCUCUGCCUCUCAUGGACCAGCUCCCCGACAGCUACCAUGCCAAGAUCGCGCUGGUUGGCUGCGGUCCAGCGAGCAUGAGUUGUGCCACGUUUCUUGCCCGAUUAGGGUACACAGAUAUCACGAUAUACGAGAAGGAGCCUUACUUUGGAGGGUUAAGUUCAGCUGAAAUUCCUCAGUACCGCUUGCCAUUCGAUGUGGUCUCAUUCGAACUGGAUCUUGUUAAAGAUCUCGGAGUGAAGGUGGUGUUCAGCAAAGCUCUCGGAAGGGACUUUACAGUUGAGUCACUCAAGGCCGACGGCAAUGCUGCCGUAUUUCUGGGCAUAGGACUUCCUGAUCCAAAGGUGGCUCCAGUUUUCGAAGGCCUUGAUGCCAGCCACGGGUUUUAUACUUCCAAGACCUUCCUUCCACAAGUAUCACGCGCAAGCAAGCCAGGCAUGUGUGCAUGCAAGCAAUCCCUGCCUAUCCUCCACGGCAAUGUGAUCGUCUUGGGAGCUGGAGACACUGCAUUCGACUGUGCUACGUCUGCUCUCCGAUGUGGGGCCAAGAGAGUGUUCGUCGCCUUUAGAAGAGGUUUUACCAAUAUACGUGCUGUACCUGAAGAGAUGGAACUGGCGAAAGAAGAGAAGUGCGAAUUCUUGCCGUUCUUGUCGCCGAGGAAAAUCAACGUGAUGGGUGGAAAAAUUCGCUCAAUCGAAUUUUUGAGAACGGAACAGCAGCCAGAUGGUACAUGGACAGAAGACCCAGAACAGGUCGUGAAGCUAAGGGCCGACUUCGUCGUAUCAGCCUUUGGAUCAACCUUAGGAGACCCAUCUGUUGUCAAGGCUCUGUCGCCACUAAAACUGAAUAAAUACGGGCUACCCGAAGUCGAUACCACGACCAUGCAAACCAGCGAAAAGUGGGUGUUCUGUGGCGGCGACCUCGCUGGAAUUGCCGAAACGACAGUGGAGGCCGUCAACGAUGGCAAAACUGCGUCGUGGUACCUGCAUAAGUACAUUCAGUCCCUACACAAUCAAUCGGUGCCUGCGGAACCUUCUUUGCCCAAGUUCCACACACCUAUCGACGAAGUCGAUAUUAGCAUUGAGGUCUGUGGCAUUAAAUUCAAAAACCCAUUUGGACUUGCAAGUGCACCGCCCACCACUUCGAGUGCUAUGAUUCGUCGAGCUUUCCAAGCUGGGUGGGGCUUCGCACUCACGAAGACUUUUGGAUUAGACAAGGAUGUCGUCACAAACGUAUCUCCUAGGAUCAUCCGCGGUUCUACGUUUGGCCACACGUACGGUCCCGGUCUGGGAUCCUUUCUGAACAUCGAGCUUAUCAGCGAAAAAACUGCCGCCUAUUGGUGUGCAAGUGUUCGCGAACUGAAGAGGGACUUCCCAGACCAUGUCGUAAUCUCCAGUAUCAUGUGUGCCUACAACGAAAAGGACUGGACCGAGCUCGCAAAGAUGGCUGAGCUUUCAGGGGCCGACGCUCUGGAGCUGAACUUGUCUUGUCCUCAUGGGAUGGGCGAAAGGGGAAUGGGUCUGGCUUGCGGGCAGAAUCCGGAACUAGUCCGCAACAUUUGUCUCUGGGUUAGAGCCGCUGUGAAAAUCCCUUUCUUUGCGAAGCUAACGCCCAAUGUCACCAAUGUUGUUGAUAUUGCCAAGGCGGCUUACGAAGGCAAAGCCGACGGAGUCACUGCGGUGAAUACGGUGUCCGGCCUCAUGGGACUGAAGUACAACAGCGACCCAUGGCCGGGUGUUGGCGCAGAGAAGCGCACGACAUACGGUGGCGUGUCCGGCAAUGCCAUACGGCCGAUCGCCUUGAAAGCGGUAUCAGCCGUCGCGCGCGCCCUUCCAGGAUUCCCCAUCUUGGCAACAGGUGGUAUUGAUUCGGCCGAUGCUGGCUUCCAGUUUCUCCAGUCGGGUGCUUCGGUACUUCAGAUUUGCAGUUCGAUACAAAACCAAGACUUUACGGUGAUCGAAGACUACAUCACUGGUCUGAAAGCAGUCCUGUACAUGAGAAGCCUCGAAGGCACAGAAACCUGGGACGGUCAGUCACCUCCCGUGCAGCCUCACCAGAAAGGGAAACCUGUGCCAACACCACUAAGAGGACAGAAUGGCCUUCCAAACUUCGGUCCUUAUCUGCAAAAGAAAGAAGAGCUAAAUGCUCAACAGAAGCUAAAAUCAGACUUGCUCGCUGAUCAUCUCACACCUGUGCAUUCUGUAAGGAGACAAGUCAGAGAGAUUCCUAAGUUGAAGAACGUCAUAGGAGAAGCAUUGUCUAAAAUUGGAACUUACGGCGACCUCGAUAACAAGCAGCAAGUGGUUGCCCUCAUUGACGAGGACAUGUGCAUAAACUGUGGGAAGUGCUAUAUGACUUGCAACGACUCUGGCUACCAAGCCAUUACCUUCGACAAAGACACGCACCUUCCUCAUGUUACUGACGAGUGUACGGGCUGUACGCUGUGCCUUUCUGUCUGUCCCAUCCCAGAAUGCAUACAGAUGGUGAACAGGAAGACGCCGUCCAGUCCUAAGAGGGGAGUUCCUUUCCACGAGACGGAUGUCUUCAUGAGACGGCUCUUUCCUACACUAGCUUAGUGACGUAGAAACGAGAUCCAAGGAAACUGGGAUCUAAUUGGUAAUUUUUCUGUUCAAAAAAGCACUGCUUGGAAUGACGAUGUCACUGAGCAGAAUUACACAAACUUCGGAAUAAGAAAAAAAAAAAAAAAAAACUGCUGAAAUUGAAUUGGGUUAAAGUGCCACUACCGACUACAAAAUUAUGUUUACUUAAUCUUUCAUUAUCAGCUCAACAAACUCAUGAACAUCAACUCAACAAAUCAAACCAACUUCGUUGGAAGGCUCAGGAUGCAAAAAAAAAAAAAAAAAAAAAAAAAAACGCCAUCCGUGAAUAUUAAGCUCUUUCAUGAACUUCCAGAUGAACGCGCAGAACUUCACAGUUUCGGUUUCUCCAAGAGUAAGUGACGUCACAACUGGCUUUGUCGUCCGUCUCCUAGCAACAGCGCGCGCACAUUCUCGGUCCCCGCUCUCCGACCCACGUUGGGAGACUGUGAACAACUGUGGUGAGGGGACGGAGAGCGACCAACGAGAUAGAGAGAUAAACCGGCAGCUAUAUUUGAAGCCACCCUGGAUGGCGCCAUUUUGACCUCACCUUGCCUUGUUUGCAAAUGGCGGACAUUAGGAACUCAUGCGGUGAGCAUCUUUGCGCGCGUACGCUUCGAAUUUCCGUGGCAUUUAUUGGUUCCCUAAUGCCGCCAACAAUUUUCCCCAAGCCUACGGAAGAGAUAGUAUGAUAAAAGAUGAAAGUUUCUGAAAGGUGAAAGUUUCUCUCUUGUUUCUCUCUUAUACUAUGAUAGUCACAUAAUCAAACAGUGUGAUAGCCAGAUGUACGAAUAAGACCAACAGACCGAACCACCACUGACCAGACCAUUGAGGCCGAAAGAUAGCGGAAUUUGGAACGUCGUGCGUCAGCACCCUGUCUUUGGCACUGUCUGAUAAGGAAGCGGCUUUAUAGCGAAUUCAGCUAAUUGUUUUCGCGCAGAAAAAAAUUGCCUUGGCUCGACCGUACAUGUCCCACGGCCGCCUCAACCCAACUUGCGUUGCGCACUCGCGUUUCAUUGGUCCUUCGGUUCGCUCUUCGUUCGUUUUUGCCUUGACCGGAGUGUGAGAGAGAAAGGAGAGGGCUGCAUCAAAGCUUGGAGCCUCGCCAAGACUGCCGUUGCGCACUCCAUUCCCUCUCGAUCUCGUUGAGAGUGACCUUCAAAGAGCAGUGUUGCCAGACGACUGGGCAGAUUGGGCACUUUGUGACGUCAUACUUUUCAAAACUAUAAUUUAAUUUUAUGAUACUUCCGCGUCGCAUAGAGAACUUUUUUUGUGUGUGAACGUUCUGAGGACGGGAGAUCUACUCCGUAGUGACACUCUAACCUUAGAGGAAAGGUAGCGUAUCCGAACGGGAAUAUAUGGGUAUUAAUUAAUUAAUAACACGGUAUAUAGGUUGUGAAGAUGAAAGGGUAUUGAAUUACAUUUGCAUUGCUGACCGGCGAAUACCAAGGUGUCUAUACAAGUAAUCGCUACAUGCAGACGACUUGGAAAGUGUCUCAAAAUAUUGGGAAUAUUGAUCUAUUUGUUUGUGAAAAAAUAAAAGAAAUGAAAAACAAGAAAAAAUACUACAUAGUA